GGAUCAUAUUCGAAGUGAUUGGGCAAUUCUCAGAAUUUGGCGUUAAUGUUCCACUCUCUAAUUUCUUCAAUGACGGAGAAGCCUCCGUUGCCAAAUCAACAAAUAAAAUCAUCUGCUGAUCGCGAGAAUUGGGAAACAGAGUUCCAUAGAAAUUACAUUGCACCACAAAUUAGAAAUAUAACUGAAACAGCAACUAAUUAUCGUAUGAAAUUAAACGCGGCUUUAGCUAAAAAUCAAAAGAAUAAUGUGAUUGAAGGUGAAAUUAAUCAAACUUUAGUCAUGGAUAAACAAUAUCGAGUAGAAAAUUUACCAGCUUUAUGGAGAUCGAUUGGAUUGGUUAACUUCGAAAGUUUCCGUGCUUAUUAUAUGAGUGAUUUGGCAAAAAACAGAACCAAUUAUCCAUUCCUCUCUAUAUUCUUCAAAUAUGCUGGACAAUUAGAAUUGCUAAAACAUCUUUUGCCUAUUGUAAAAUUUGUUCAAGUUUUAAACUCAAAACUCGGUUACCAGCUAGCAAGACAGAAGGCAAGAGACAUGUCUUUCAGACAAUUUAUAGAGAAUCAAUCAAAUGGAGGUGAAAAUCGUGAAAUUUUCAAUGGUCUAAAAACCGCAUUUGAUGACUUUAGUGAAGGUUGGAAUAGAGUCUUACCUUUUGUAAAACGAUAUCAAUGUCAUGAACUUCCAAGAGAAAAACCGAAUAUGGCUUAUAAACUUCCGGUUGUUUUUGGUUUGAUGGAACCAAAGGAUACAGGAAUCUUGUUAUGUGCGAUCUUAGAUUUUUUAGUUGACUUACAAAAUAAAUUUUUAGAGGAAGUUAUGUCAAUACCACCUGGAACUUGCAGGUCUCUCAAGUUUUUAGAUGAGCCAACAUUUAAUGUCGAACAAACAGUUUCAUCAACUUCAAAAAUACAACCAGCAAAACCAAAUACACCUAGUGGAUAUUACCUUCAAUCUAUGCGUAUUGACCAUGCUCGUUCCGCAAAUAUCAUAAACUUUGAUUGGGAUGACGAAAUUCUAGCAUAUAGUCAAAGAAAUCUAGCAGUUGCAAAAGGACAAGAUAUUAUUUAUGAUUUGACAAAAAUUGAAGCGGAAUUGGCGAAUAUUCUGGUUUUUGAAAAAGUUCACAUAGAAACUCAACCGGAAUCUCAGUUAUAUUUAGAACCUUUCCCAUAUCAUAUGGAACUGUUCCAAGGAUGUAUGAGAAUUCUUAGUGAUAUAAAGAAUUUAAUAACCCAAGAGCCAAUCCCAGCCGACAAAAUGAAUUUAUUAGGUGUUACUGGAAUUUCUAGUUCAUUUAUGUUUCCGCAAGAAUCAACUCUUGACAACGCAUCAGAAAUUUUAUCAUCAUUGGAAAUUCUCCUAUGUUUUGUUAAACGUACAGCAGUUGGAGAUGGAGAGAUAUCUAUUAAGGAUUAUGUUUCAAGAUGGAUGAAAUUGUCUUCAUUGUAUGCACACGAAGGAUUCGCUAGAUUCUUAAAUAUCGAUUUACGACUUAAACACUUGGUGGCUUUAUACGAAUUCGUUGAAGAGCAAGUUGCUAAUCUUAAAAUUAAAUAUAUUCAUGAUAAAUACAAAGCUCAACUUUCAACAGAGAUGAGAAACGCAAUAAUUAAAUCUGUAGAUUUUGAGCAGCAAACUACAACGAAAGAAAUGAUAUCAGCAGAAGCAUUUGCUUUAGCUUUAAAAAGAUUCAUGUUACGAUUUUUAACCUUAGAAAAUCAAAAAGAAAUGGAACCGUUGUAUGUUUAUUUGACAGAUAAUUCAUUAAAUUUCUGGCCGUCAACAAUUCCAGAGAAACGCAUCGAAGCAUUAUUCCCAGAAAUUUUGUUGGUUGCUAAUACGUAUGAUGCUUAUGAUUUUACAAUGAGAAGGAUUGAGCAAACAAUGGAGACAAUUAAUGCAAAUAAUACAAUGAGACAAAAUAAUUUAGGUCCUAGAAAUCCAAAUAUCGGUCAACGAACCACACCUACAAGCAGGCAGCAAAGGAAACCCAAAGGAGGAUCUAGAUACGAUAUAACAUAAAAUAUUUAUUGCAACUUAUUAUUUUAUUAUAGCGGCUAUUGUUAUUUUUUUUUUUAGAUAGGAUAGGAUUGUAUUGAUAGGAUAUUACAAUGAUUUAAAUAAAAUAUAAAUGUUAUUUUAUUAUUUUAUUA